UCGUCUUUGGUAUCUGUAGACUUAACUUCAUGCAAGCUCGAGAUGCCCACAGAUUUCAAAGGAUUUAAGUUUCUCAAAUUUCUCUCUCUGAAAACUGUGGCUCUUACUGAUACUAUACUGCAGACCAUAGUUUCCAUGAGUGAGAAAUUGGAAGAUCUGACCCUGAUUGAUUGUGAGGGACUGCGUAAUAUCAAAAUCAUCGGCGCGAGCCUCCUUAAUUUCCAUCUGUUUGGUGUUUUUUCUGAACUUGAUUUAAGUGGGAGUUUGAACAUCAAGGAUCUUUUCAUUAAUUGGGAUGAUGAUGGAAAUGGGGUUUGGCCACUGAGACAGAUUAUCAAUGGUCUCACCAAAUUAGAGUCUCUGAGCGUCACUGGUUUUCGUCUAUAUAGCUUUUAUGAGAAGUCAGCUGAUGGAGGGAAUGGUGGGCUACCUACAAUUUAUAAUUUUCUGCAAGAAUUCGAGAUACAUCUAAAUUGUAUGGAAGUAUCAGAGAUCAUGGGCCUGGUUUGUCUGUUGAAGAAGUUCCCAAAUCUAAAUGCCCUUUGCCUUAAGGAUUAUGAGGAGGAGCUACAACCUGAGGGCAAAUUGACUAAGACUAACUUGGAGACGUUGAAUUCUGAUGCUAUGUCUUGCUUGGCUCAACUCAAAAAAUUAAAGCUAGUCCUGGCUACCCACUGUGAUGAAACUCUUGACAUAAUUGAGUUUUUUCUGUUGAAUGCGGGUGUAUUGGAUGAGCUUUUUAUCAAUAUCGGGUGUCUUCAGAAUCAAGAGGAGAAAUCAAAGGUUGCGGAGCGGUUGAAUUCGUUUCCUAAAGCUUCUUCUGAGGCUAAGAUCAUAUUUAGCUAGACUUGUUAGUAUAUCACAAACUUGCAUUACUGGAUAUUCCUUACAUUACUAUGUUGUUUACUGGAUAUUUCUUGAUGGAAACUUUUUUUCUUUGUUUUUUUUGGGUAAA